GCUAAUCCAAAAUGCACAAUGCACACGAGAUCAAUCAGCUGUGUGAAUUGUACAUUCGACAACAACACACGGCUAGCUAGCUACUACUACUAUACUGCGUGUAAUAAUACGAUAAUUGUGAUAUCUUCCGCAUCUCUUGCCCACUUGAUAGUUGAAGCGAGAUCGAGCAGUAAAUCGUCAUGGAAUUUCCUUUCUUCGCCAAAAACAAAACCUUCCGUCCGAAGAAGAAGUUUGAGGCAGGUACGAUGCGGUUCAAUCUACACAAGAAAGCUCAAGCAUCUCUCAACUCAGGCCUAGACCUUAAAGUAGUGGUCAAGCUCCCUGCAGAGGAGGACUUCAAUGAUUGGCUAGCUGUGCAUGUGGUGGACUUCUUCAACAGAAUUAACCUCAUUUACGGGACGGUGUGUGAGUUUUGCAGUGCUGAUACAUGCCCCAUCAUGAGUGGGGGUCCAAGGUAUGAAUACAUGUGGAUGGAUGGAGAGAAAUAUAAGAAGCCCACAGCCCUCCCUGCAACAGACUAUAUCAACAAUCUCAUGGAUUGGGUCGAACAACUCAUCAAUAAUGAGAAUAUAUUCCCUAUUAAUACAGAGGUUAGUUUCCCUAAAUCGUUUGUCUCCACAUGUAAGAAGAUGCUUACAAGAUUACACAGAGUUUUCAUCCACGUCUACAUCCAUCACUUUGAUAAACUCGUUGAGAUCGGAGCGGAAGCACACAUAAACACAUGCUACAAACACUUUUAUUUCUUUGUGCAUGAGUUCAACUUGGUUGAUUCAAGAGAACUAGAACCUUUGAGAGAUAUGAUCCACAAAAUCUGCAUAUGAGCGCUCCUUUGACCUUUGACCCUUCCUCCUGACCUAGCACCUAGGGAUAUCUACAACAGCUCAUUGACCUUUGAACUCUUGGGCUCACCAUGUCUUAAUAUGUGAAGGCUCCAAUUUGGAUGUACGUUCCUUGUAGAACUAACAGCAAGAAGUAGCCCUGAUCUUACUUCCCCAUGAUGGCAUCUCAGCUUUGAACUUUGACCUGACCUUUGUUCAGUUACACAUGACCUUUGAACCCAUGUCACAUGAAGGCUUCUCCUGAGAUCUAUACACUUUUGUGUUCCGCUAUAUUGAACCCAUUCAUCCUAUAACCGCCAACUGCAACCAAACCUAGCUCUUCGUGUGCGUAUUCUCAGCUGAACUUUGACCUUUGUCCAGGUGGACAUGACCUUUGAACCGAUGUCAUAUGAAGCCUCCUAUAUUAAGCAACAACCACACCAAGAAUGUAGCCUGAUUGAAAAUCUUCAAAAGCAGAUAUCUGGCCUCACUAGUUUACAGAAAUACUCUAUGUGGCCUCCUGAGAUAUUUAUUAUACCUAUCACAGAUUUAUUACAAUGUGCUAGUUUUUAAUAUCUUAAUUGAUUGUAGUAACCAUAAUAUUUUCUAUUCAAGUUGUUAGAGGUGAUGUAUUGCCCAGACGUUGGUUUAUAUUCACUUUGUCUAUACACAAUGGCCCGUAUUCUGAAGUCAGAUUUAACUUAGACCAUGGUCUAACUCUGCUAAAGUUAUGGAAAGCCAAACAUGUCAAAAUUGUCCUUAAAUUGCAUGUUUCUUAUGCUUACUUUGCUCUUCCCUAACUCUUGAAUGGUGAAGAAAGUUAUCUUAUUUAUCUUUCCGAAAACAGUUAAGAAUGGUUUGAGCGAAAAAGGAGCUGAUACAUUUAUAUUAUAUUGUUAGAGAUUUAUGCCACUAUUUGCUGUUCAUAGUUAAAACACAACUUUAAACCAGAGUUUGAAUUAAAACCGACUUCAGAAUACGGGCCAGUUGGUCUACUUUAUCAGAUGGUCUCAUACCACAUGGGCUAGAACCCAAUUUGGUCUACUGUUCACUUGGUCCUGCUCGGUUUAGACUACACUUGGUCUAAUACACACUUGGUCUAAUUCCCAUUUAGUCUAUUGCCCAGUUGGUCUAAUUUCCAGUUUGUCUCUUGUUUUUAUUUUUUACUUUGUCAAAUGAAAAUUUGGUGCAUAUAUAGUUUAUCUCACCAUAUACUGUUGACUAAAUGAUGUUCAGGGGAGGGUUUCAUUAAUAUUUUUGUCCAACGAGUUGUCAGAUCUGACAACUUUCCCUGAUUCUGAUUGGCUGUGAGGCACUGUUACUAUGGAAACUGUCAAAUAAACACUGUGAAACACUGACCAAUUGGAUUUUAGAUAAAAUGUAUAUUGCCUAACUGGAAAUAUAGCAAAAUUGUUAAUGGACUAAAUGGCAAUAAACCCAAAUGGUUAGUAGACAAACUGGUUAUAGACAAACUAGGAUUAUACCAUUUGGGAUGAAACAAAACAGAAAGUGGACAGAGUUGAUCUAGACCAUUAGCAAUUGACUGUUGGCACUCCCAUGUGUGAUUAAUUCACUUUAUGUUAAGAGGUUCGGUACAGACCAAUAUAUUUAUUACAGUUUCUAUGUCAUGAAAGUUAUUACCAUCAUAUUGUAUAGCCCUAUUACCAAUAUGCUUUGAUAUUUAUUAAUGUAGCCAGGAUUGUAGUUUAUCUAUAAGCAUUCUAGGUAGCAAUUUUUCCAAACAUUUUUUAAUGUGAUCUUCCUCAGGGGGGGCGUUUCAUGAAAGGACUUGUCGGACGUUUUAUCCGACAAGUCCCAUUUUAUCCGACAGUUACCAUAGGAACAGUGCCUCUCUGCCAAUCAAAAUCAUGGAAAGAUGUCAGAUCUGACAACUUGUCGGAUGAAAAUAUUGAUGAAACGCUCCCCAGGUCGUUACUUUCACAUUGCAAAGGUCCAAGGUCAAAUAUUAAUCAAACGUCAAGUCCACCUCAUAAAGAGUUGAUAUGAAUCCAUUUCACAUGAUCCCUGUGUAUUGGAGGCUUCUUGAAAUGGUUCGUCUCUAUUUUUCAGUUCAUUAAAAAAUUUGUAGUGCUCAUAUUCACUGCAAAAAUACUGGUGUUAAAUUAACACCAGCUGGUAUCUGUACAGGAAAGCACCAGAGAGGUGUUGAAACAGCACUACUUUGGCUUUAGGCUAACACCAAAUAGGCAUUUAAACAACACUAAUCAGUCUUAAACCAACAUCGGUUUGAUUCUUUACUGGUGUCGUUUCAACACUUUCCUGGUGUUUUCCGAUAUAGAUACUGGUUGGUGUUAAAUCAACACUGGUGUUUUUGCGGUGUACUAUCAUGGCUUGUCGCUUUCCAUGAGGUAGAGUAAAUUGAGAAAAAGUGGAGCCUUCAUAUACAUGUAGUUAUUACUUGCCAUUGUAUUAAAAAAUGAUAUUUUUGGAAUACAAAAUAAAAAUGUUAUUAACCAUUAGUUUACUCCCCAUCCUACUCGUGAACUUAUUUUUUGUAUAUUUUGCUUUCUUUCAAUUUGUACUAAGGUACAUUUUUAUAUUGAUGUUCUUUUUAAUCAUAUUUUUUAUUCAUUAUUUGAGAAUAUCAUGAUGCAUUUUUUAUCAAUAACUGUUCAUUGUUUAUAGAUAUGUAUACCCAGGCAGUGAUAGCUAAAACAGAAAACAUACUUUGAAUAGAUAAUAUGUCAUGAAUUUCUGAGAUUCCAGUUUGAAAUUCAUAUUCUCAUGUCUACUGCUUGGGCGAAAUUUUAAAAAAGGUGGUUCUGAAUCUGUAGUCUCAGACCUGAAAAGAGUCCUGUUAUCAAUGCUAGCUACUGACAUACGGGGCUAUUAAAGUUUGUGUGUGUGUUUCUUACAGAUAACAUACAUGUAUUAGUGAGCAAUCUGCACUCUGCAGGGGUGUGAGUGUUCAGAUUUUUAUCUGAUUUCAGAUUUUUUUGUUUUGAUUUUCAGCUUAAUUUCAGCUUAUUUUUGGUUUUCCUCUACAAAAAGUAUGGGAGCUCUUUCUAUUUCAGACUUUUUCAACGCUCUUCAGCUUUUUUCAGAUCUUUUUAUUUGUGACCACUCACACCCCUGAAUCUGCUUUUGAUUUGUUAUGUUUUAAAUUUUAAUGAGAAAUUCCAGUUGUAACGAUCUCAAACCGAGCAAAGCAGAGUCAAAUUAAAUGACCAUCCACACGUUUGUAUGUAUAAAUUAUAAAAUAUAUGAAAAGCUGCUCUGGAAGGAAAUGUCAAAUUGAUGAGAAAUAAGCAAAAUGAACAUGGAAUUCCAUCAAAUGUCAAGUAUUUUCCAAACAUUUUUAAUACACUGUCCCACAUGUGCUUCUCUGUGUUAGUGAUCGAAGGUGUCGUCAGUUUUCAGCUAAGAUUUCAUGAUUUUACAGAGUUAAGUGUAUGUUAGUGUACCAUAUCUAGAUCUAUGAUAAUAUGGUGACACUGAAUCCUGAUUCCAAGGACUCUCAUGAAAUAAUUGUUUGCUUCAGUUAAGAAGCAGAAACGGUUCCACCAAAUCAUGGAUUUACUUGUAAGGCCACCUUUCUUAAUUUGAGCCUAUGUGUUCAUGUUAUACACAGGAAUUAUCAGAAACAAGUGCAAGCAAGUUCACCUGAAACUAACUACACCAAAUUAUAAUUCAUGUUUGUUAGGAACAUUUCAUACUCUUUAAAUAAAAAUUUCAUAAUGUUAGUUUUAAAUGAGCUGUGUUGAAAAAAGCACUUAAGUAGUGUGUAAAAGUAGAUUUUAUAAGAAUGAAUUAUUCAUUUAUAUCAUUCAACAUUUCGUUCAGGGUAUUUACGUUGUAAAAAGUUAACCAAGGAGACUAGCCAUACAAUCAAGUAAGUUAUUUGGUUUUAAAUCGUGUUUGAAUGAAUGAAAAAAAUUGAUAUGUGCUCUGUAGAAAAGUUUUCCAUGUACUUUCAUAAAUCUUAUGUAUUUUCGAUGAGAGAUAAAGAUAUUUUCAUAAUUGUGACUUUUAUGUACCGAAAUCAAAGAGCCUAAUCUGCAAUUCUACACAGUAUAUGUAUUGUAUUGUCUAUGUUAUAUGUACAAUGUAUUGUAAAGUAUCACAUUUUUUGCGCAGUGUAUUGCACUUUUCCUAACAUUGCCUUGUCUAAAAUUUCCAUGCAAGAUCAAAAUCCCUUCAAAAAUCUAAUUUCUCGAGUUGCUCAUCAAGUGCUAUUGUACCUAUGUCAAAGUUAUCUUGUACAGGUAUUUACUUUAUGUUUAUUAGAGAGUAUGAUGUUUAUUUAUGAUGUGUUUCCUUGAGGUUUUAUACAGUUAUUCUUCUGAAAAA